AGAAUUGUCACGACAUUUGUUUAGGUUGAAAAAUUAUUAAAAAUGCAAACAAAAUAUCCAAACCACAUAAAACCCAGUGAAAUCUCGUUUUACACGAGCUCUAACGAUACUUUCGAGUUGCAGUGCUACCGAGAAUAACAGAGGGUUUACCGAGGUGGCGAGUAUCUAAGUUGUUGCAAACACUGCCGUUUGUUUACGCCUUGUUAGUAUGUUAAGUUUGCCCUAGGUUAAAAUGGAUGAUACUGAAGAUGCCUUGGGGAAACUCUCUAGACAGCUAUCAGAGCUGGCCGCUACGCCUGUGACCGGAGGCUCACCUGACCCAUUAAACGAUGGCAUACGCUGGACGCAGUUUUCUGGCAUGCCCCAGCAUAGAAAUCUCUACACAUGGAACCCCAUGGACCUUCCAGAUUUUAAGCCACUUUCACCCCCUAAACAUGAUGUGCACCCUAAUCACCAGCAUCAAUCACCCUCAGCUCACCAACUAACCACGCCCCCAGCAAGCUUUGGGCAGAAUGAAUUCGCAAGCAAGAACCAAUUUGAAUGGUAUUCGGAGAGUACCACUCCUCAGUACCCCAUCUCUGGACAUGGUUUAGUUCCCACAGGAAGAAAUAACUUCUCACACCAGAACUACCUAUUCCAAGAGGAGUCGCCACUACCUGAACAUGGCUUUGGUUACGAGCCUGUCGACUACAGUCUGCCCUCUCUCCAUAGACAUGAUUUCUAUACAUCUGCUGCUGCUAAUAACUUAGGAACUGAAAUUUCCAGCAAUUUUUUAAAAUCUGACGCUACACACCCAGUAUUUCAUAAUUAUAGUACGUUAGACGAGAACACACUUCCAGAAGGGGCCGAGCAUUUAUCAUUUGGAAUGCCUAGUGAGAAUGUACAUCAGAUGUACUCACCUCCUCUGUUUGACCCAAGCUCUCCUCCUCCUAUAUUUCCAGGUGCUAAGCACCUUACAGGAAGUUCCCCCAGCCCGCCCCUUUCUGGAGACGAUGGGGCUAGGGACCAGCUACGACCUCGCAGUAAAGUCAACAUCAACUUAGAUUUAGGUAUCAGCGUAGACAGAGGAAGUCACAUAUACUCUGAAGUUACCCCUAAAGCUGUGGGUAGUGCUGAAAAUAGUUUUGGCAAAAAGUCCAAUUCGUUUGAUCAAAGUUCAAGGUUGGCUCAUCCUCCUAGUCCUGAUGUCGUACCAGAACAGGGGGUAUCUGACACCUCGAAGCCCACUUAUUCAGACAUCGCUAAAACACCAAAGCUCGGCCCUGCUGGAAAGAAUGAUCAGCCCAGCCUGGAUCUAAGCAGUCGAGGUCAAGUGACUCGACAGUUGAAAAAAGAUGUGAAGCCGUUACGACCUCAAGUGAAAAGGACCUCAUCUGGCUCAAAGUUUUGGCCGAAAUCACCUCAGACUGGAGAUACGAACCAACCCCACCCUAACCGCUACGGACUGGACAACUUUAACGAUGGCGUCCUUUUUCCUGGAAGCCACAGCAGUAGUUCUGAAAGCAUAUCCCAAGUGGCCAGGAGCCGCAGGGGAAGCGGAAGCAGUGGGGGCAGCUCCACAGGAAAUGCUGAAGAUCUGGCGUCGCCUUCCAGCAGCGCCACCUACCUUGAUACAAAUCAAGAUCAGAAACCGGCUAACCACUCACCUGCGGAGACUCAGAAAUUGUUUUUUGAUCCUCGUCGAAUUUUUCAAACUAAAAACACCAAGCCAAAGUCCUCUUCAGUCCAAGGCAAGUCAAAGGAAAACUUGAGCCACAACGAGCCAGGAAAAGCGUCGCCCCCUAGUGAUACAGUUUUGAAUAAUGGUAAACCAACAGCCAACAACACAUCAAAACUGUCAUCUAGCGCAAGACAGCAUGAUUAUAUAAAUAAUGUUUUGCGUGACAGCAAGCUGACCAAUCAAACAGCAGCUGGAAGUGGUCAAGGGAAAUCAGGAAAGUUGGACGACCUGCCCAAAGAAAAGGAAUCAAGGACAGAAAAACGCUCAAGUGGAAAGCCAACAAAUGGAUUGUAUAGGCGUGAAAGACGCAACAGGAAUUCAGAUAACUCUCACACUGAUGUGGAUCAAGCUGAUGGUGUACAUCAGGAGGCAGGAAAUGGAUUCUUGUCUGACUAUUUUGAUAAAGAUAAAAUUGAAGAGUGGUGUUAUGUCUGUUGGGAGAAGUUCAGCCAAUGGGGAAAUACAUUCAUCUCCUCAUUGAUAAACCUUUUAAUUUAUUUGUUUGGCUUAGUCUUGUACAUUGCUGUGGGCAGUGUUCAUCUCUUCUUGAUGCUGCUGGGUAAAGGGUGGAACAUGGUGAAAGAAAAACUUGGCAAGGGCCAGUUUGACACAAAAGAAGGAAACAGCUGGAACUCUAGAGAAUACUUGCGACGCCGUGUGGGACUAGAAGAAAAUAUAAGCCUACCUGCGACAGGUGAAGAAGCUAUGAAACGCUUGCUGGCUUGUAAAGGAAAAGAUCCCUACAGUAUACUUGGAUUAAGGGCAGAUUCUAGUGAUGAAGAUAUAAAGAAAUAUUACAGGAAACAAGCUGUUUUAGUACACCCUGACAAGAACCAAGAACCUGGAGCUGAAGAAGCAUUUAAAAUAUUAGGCCAUGCAUUUGAAAUGAUAGGAGAUUCUAGUAGAAGAAAGCAAUAUGACAGUCACACUCAGGAGGCUAAUGAGGCAGAUGCUAUGAGAGAAUUUGCUGAAAUGUUAUCAAAACUGCAAACUAAAAUUCAAGAGGCUGCCAACAUUAUGAGAUGUGAUAACUGUGCAGGCAAGCAUCAAAGGUUUCCUGUAGAUCGACCAUUUUAUAGUGCCAGAUUUUGUCAAAGAUGCAACACCAGACAUGCUGCCAAAGAGGGAGAUGUAUGGGCUGAGUCUACCAUGCUAGGAUUUCGAUGGCAUUACUUUGCUUUGAUGGAGGGCAAUGUUUUUGAUAUAACCGAAUGGAUGGCCUGCCAUAAAGAACAUUUCAAACAUAUGAAAGCUAAUGUACAUGGUGUAAUGUAUCGUAUAGCAACUGAUGGUAGUAAGAGAAACAAGCGACAACAAUCUGGAGAACCAAGCCUAGAAGAUUUCAUCAACCGUUUAUUCAAGUCCAAUGCCAGUGCAGGGGAUGGUCAGUCUGCUUCAUGGGGGUCACCCCACUCAGGGGAGGACACAAGCUGGGGCCACAGUGGCUCUGCCGCUGCUGCUGCUGCUGCCAAACAGAAGGGGAGGCGGAAUAAGAAGAAGCGCCAUUAAAUAGUUACAGCUGUUGUAGAACCCAAGUACUUAAAAACCUUUUGUUUAAAAUAUAUUUAUAUUGUCAUUUGCUCUGUAAUGGAGGAAAAUAGUGGCAAAGUCUCAAAAAAAAAAUUGUGUAAUCACUGAUCUGUUAUCUAUACUAGUGCUUAAUUAAGCAACUUUUGUAUUCCUUUUAAAAUUCAGUAGGUUGUUUUUUUUUUUUAAAUAUUUACCUAUUAGGUGGUGUCAGUAAGAUAAAAAUGAUUUUUUAAAAUUUAGCUAGCUGUACCUGCAAAUUGUUUAAGUUCUUUUAAAACAAAGAAGUGAUAUGUUGUAGUCACUAAAUAUUGACAGGCUUGCCUUUAAAGCUUUCUUAUCUCCUUGCAGAAGCUCUUGCUUUAAAAAAAUAACAGAAUUUGUUGUAUUAAUAGGGUAUUGGCGAUACUUUUAAAAAAUAUUUAAUCUUAUCAGUGAUGGUAUUAACUAGCAUUUUUUUUUUGUUUUAAAUUUAUUGUCUAAAACUAUUUUAUUUUUGUUUUUAGAUUUUAUUAAAUGUGUUAUAACAACUUACAUACAAUGGUGGUGGGUCCAUUUUUAAUAUAAAUACUGGUUAUUGGCUAAGCUGGUUAUUUUUACAGCGGAUAAUGGAACUACAGCUGGCUUUAACACCAAAAAAUAUUAAUCAAGCUUUUCCACAAAACCUCUAUUCUAGCUUGGUUAAGAAUUAUAUUUUCUGAACAUUGUAGUUGGUCCAUCCUUUGCAUAAUGUUGCUAUGGAUAUUGCAGUCAAAGAUCGUGCCUUUGAAGGUUUUAUUUUUAUUUUAUGGACGAGCUGCAUAUUUAAGUUUGAUGUAGUUCCUAUUUAUUUUCCAUAUGCCAGAUUUCAUUGGUAUGCAAGUUAAUUUUAUUUUCUGUAACUUACGUUUUUAACCAAAUUGUAGAACUUCUGCACCUGCUAAAUGUACUACUGUGUAAUCUAGUGGUGCCAUACACUUUCUCUUUAUUAACCUAUUAUUGUGUAUAUUGCCAAAGCAUAAUCAGUGUUAUAAAGUAUAAACCGCUCUUUAUUCCAUAUUUAAUUUUAGACACAUUUUUUUUUUCCAACCUGACAAAGGCUAUCUUAACCAUUGUACCCUCAUUACUGCUACAUUUGAAUUUUUUGAAGCACUGUGGUAAAUUGGGCUACUUUCCUUACUAUAACUUUUUAAAAAAUUAUUACCUGCUAUAUGUUAUUAAAAUAAUAUAUGCUGUGACUUAAAAAAAAAUAUUGUGAUAUAAAAGUGGUGUUCAGAUUAAUUUUUUUUUUUAAAUCUUUUGUUUUGUUUUGUUACUGUAGAUAUUAACAGCAAGCUGUUUUAGAUUUUAUUUUGUUGUAUCAAUCUCAUGUACUUUAUUUUCACAUUUUUUGUUUCUGUAAAACUUUUUGCUUGAGCUAGGAGCUGGUGUGAUACUUCACAACCACUUUUUUUCCCCCCUCUCUAUACAUGUAAAGCUCUUUUGCUCAUCUUGUUUUCCAUCUUUCCUCCCUUUCAAUACUCGCUAGGUGGUUUCAUUCUGAGAAUGAAUGAGAUGCAUUUUACACACUUGCCAGUUUGUUAUGCUAAUUAUUUGUAAAAGUUGGUACCACAUUUACCAAUAUUAUCAACAUGUCAAAUUAAACUUCCAAUAAUCACCAAAUAAAUAAUACAAAGCACUUGUCCCUACAUAAAAAUAUAGGCAUCACUUUUUCUUGAAUUUUUGCCUAUAUUACAAGGGAUACAACUCUUCCAAUCAUAUAUAGGAGAGAACCACUUUCCACAUUCUAGAGCUGAUUCUGAGGGUUUAGUGUAAAUUUGUUAUGGCUCUCUGUACAGUAGGCUCAGAUUGUUUACUGGCUACAGGACAUUGCUGCCACCAGUUACAACUUGUUGAUGGUCAUCCUUGAUAGUGGCAACUGGACAUUGUUGUCACUAGCCACAACUGGUUGAUGGUUCAGUCUGCUAAAUGGACAUUGUUGUCACAAGCCGCUGGACACACAACUGGUUGAUGGUCACUCUGGUAACUGGACAUUAUCUUGCCCCUUAACGCCACCGUCUGGCAGACUUGUCCUUGUUUUAACAUAUGCUUUUGAUAUUUUUUUUUGGCUAGGCCCUGUAAAAAGGUUUUAACAGGACCUGUGGUUAUUUUAUCUGGCUCCCCCUGAAGCCAAUGUUACAAUAAAUAAUUUACAGUAAAA